AUGGCCACUGAGGAACUAGUCAUCAACCCGCUCGGAGUGGCAGAUAGUUUUUUGCUAUCUGGGUGCUCAUACAUUAACUUCAAUAUGGCAGAACCUGUCCUGCUCGACUAUAGAGACGACAUCCUCGCAUACUCACAGGUCCUUGAGAUAAAGAAAUGGCUUGUUGCCGUUGACGUGGCCCAUCCCACCUGCAGAUAUGGAACAAGGAUCCCGCUCUGCACCUUGUGGCCUUUCGCUGACCCACUUGUUGUCAUGUUUAGCCCGCUGUACCUCUGCUACGGCAUCUGGUGGCGCCCGCGGGGAUGGUAUUUUCAUUCUUAUAAUUUACGCCUUAAAGAGGAGAGAGCGUUUGAGAUUUCUCUUCGCUUUUAUUCCUCGUUUGGCGAGAGCGAUAUCGGUCGCUCCGUCUGUUUCGAGAUCUUCAAUGGGAUUUUCUAUGUUGUCAUCGGUCGCAAUUCUGGCGGCGGAGAGAGCGAGCUUGAGUUCUCCUCGGCGUAUCGGUGUCUGAAAUCCCACCUCGAGACUGUACGCAACGGUGACAUGGAUGUGUCAUGGGUUUACCGUCGGAGCCUGGGGCCCGUGUGUGGAUACUCCUCGACUGGCACAUCUUCCGCAUGUCGCGCCCUUUCUCUAGAGCCUGACACAUCCUCGCACAGCGGCUGCGGCCUCGGCCUGAAUAUUGUGGAGAUCUGGGAAGAGCAAUAUCCUGAACGGACUGUAAAGGCCAUCUCAGUGCAGACCCUCGGCUCUGCAACUGCUCCAGCCGCGAGACUCGGCGACACAGGCAGAGUCCACCUCGCAAUUAGGCAAGGUCACGGAUCUGUUCGCGCCCCGCCUGGGAAGUAUAUCGCUAGAAUGGAGAUCUCCUUCCGGGGAUUUGCAGAAAAGUGA